AGAAACUCCACGCGAGGGACAAAAGCGCGUGUCAUCUAAACUCCUUGUCGUCGCCGUCUAUAGAUUUUUGGUCUGAAUAUUAAAAGAGGUUCACGGAGAGAGAUCUCUACGAACUAUGACGAUCGAAAGAGCUCGAGUCCCGUUGAGCCGGUGGCAACAAGCCGCAGUAGCGGUUGGUUCCGCCGUCGGCGCGUUGGUAAACCCUCGUAGGGCGGAUCUGAUCGCCGCUCUCGGUGAAACCACCGGAAAACCAGCUUUCGAAAUGGUUCUUGAGAGGAUGAAGAAGAGUCCUGAAGGAAGAGCUAUCUUGCUGGAGCGUCCUCGUGUUGUGUCGGAGCAAGUAGGUCACGCUUGGGAUCUACCAGACAACACGUUCGGAGCUGCAUACGCGAAGUUCAUGGGAUCCAGAAACUUCUCUCCUGAUGAUCGUCCUCCUGUGAGGUUCAUGGAGACAGAUGAGUUGGCUUAUGUGGCAACAAGGGCACGUGAAGUUCACGACUUGUGGCACACUCUCUUCGGACUUCCUACUAAUCUUAUGGGUGAGUCGGCUCUGAAAGUGAUUGAGUUUGAGCAGAUGUAUCUUCCGAUGUGCAUGCUUUCUGUGAUUGGAGGAACUGUGAGGUUUAACGAGAAGCAGAGGUCAAUGUUCUUUAAGCAUUACUUUCCUUGGGCGGUUAGAGCUGGAAGACAGUGUACAGACCUAAUGUGUGUGUACUAUGAGCGUCAUUUCGAUGAGGAUUUGGAGCAGGUCCGGAGAAAAUGGGGGAUCAUCACUGCUCCUCAACAUCCUAAAUGAUCCGUUAAAGUACUUUUGAGAAAAGACUUGUACUUGGUUUAAACAGAACUGGUAAUUUGUUUUAGAAUCUGUUUGAUUCAGUGAACUUGUUGGGUAAUAAGAAGGUGUUUUUGAUUUAUAUAAUUUGAACAUUUUGGAGGAGAAACAUUACAAGAUAAACGAAUGAGAUAGGGUAGACAAGAAACCGACUUCUUAUCAUUUAAAGGCUCACAUCAAACAGUUUUAAAUUGAGAGAAUGCAAACACACACAAUGUAUGUUUUGUCUUUACUUGCCACCAGUGAAGAGAUAAUCAAGAGACGAUCCACCUCCAGGAGCAGCAUGAACCUUGGUGGAAGGACGGUCCUGCAGAGAGCAUUAUUACAAUGAUGUUUUAGAGAGGCAACAUUUCAUUUCAUGUAUAGAAACAGAAAAAAAAAACAUACAGUGAUGAAGUUUCCGGUGUUCUGUCCCUCAGCUCUGGCGUAAUUGUUGACAGGAGUUUUGAUACCAGCAGGGAUCUCCUUGUUGAUCUUUGCAGGCUCAACACUAGUAGUAGCUGUUGUGGGUGCGGUUGCAGUCACAGGUGCAGGUGCAGGCUCAGAAGUAGGAGCUGGAGAGGGCUUAGGAGGAGGAGCAUCACCACCUCCACCAAAGAGAUAAUUGAGUGAGCUUUGACCUCCACCACAGCUGUUUCCACGACCCAUUUGUAAUAAAGUGAUAGACUUUUUUAAAACCUAGCAAGAAUAAAAAAAAAAAACACAAACAAAUCAGAUCUAUCCAAAAAUCACCAAUUGUCACAAGUAUUGAAUCAACGGAAGCGAUAGAGAAGGAUACAGAGCAUAAUUCAGGUAUAAAAAUCUAUGAGGAAUCGAUCUGGUGAAGAUGGGAGUUUGAGAAACAAACCUUUGGGGUGAAAAGGGAGAGAUCAGAUCUAGAAGAAGAAAAGAAGACGCAAAAUGGAAGGAGAACUG